UUCUAUAGCGUUCGCCAACGCGGAAACGUGUUUCUAAAGCGCUCGACAACGCGGGGACGUGUUUAUAUAGCGUUCACCAACGCGGGUACAUGUUUAUAUGGCAUUCGCCAACGCGAGAACGUGUUUAUAUAGCGUUCACCAACGCGGGGAAAUGGUUAUAUAGCGUUCGCCAAUGUGGGGAUUUAAGGUUUUCUAGUAUGAAAUUAGAUGUGAUAUUUUCUGGGAUCUUGGUAGACUUUGAAAGUUGAAGUAAACAAUUUCUGAGGUUCUGAUGAGACGCUCAAUGCAUGUCAAAAGUAAAGAUGGACAUGUUUUCAGAAAUAAUAGUAUGAUAUAUCAUGAUUAAGUGUAAGAAUGUAAUACGAAAAAUACAUUGUUUUUUCGUUGUUUAGGGUUUCUUUAAAUCGAUCAUUCACCAGGAAUUUUGUCAUCGACUUUGGAAGACUUGAUCCUUAGUUGAGCUCGAAACUCGAUAGUGCGAGCUUUUGAGUAUCCGGCUCUAUGGUGCAGGCGUAGGGAUAUUGGGUAAUUUGUUGCUUUGAUACAUGUUGAAUGGGAAACCCAACCUCUUAGGCUUAGGGUUUGGAAUAAUCUGCUCGACCAGGGGCCCUGCCCUUGGUGGUAUUUGUGGCGAUGUGAGCCAUAUUUUGCUUGGUUAAGAAGAUCUAUCAUCUUGAGGUAUGUCUUGUCAGGAUUGGCUUUUCAUAAACACUUUUGAUUGAGUCUAUUGAGAUAUAGGGAACCCUGAGGUAUCAGGUUGUACUGUCUUUUCUUUCUUGAUGCCUAGUGUAGGUUGCACGGGUCUUUUAUGAGGUUGUCUUGCAUGGUGACAGAGUACAUUGUGCUUCUUCUUGUUAGUAUGUAGGGAUGGCAACAAAACCCGAACCCACGGGUAACCACCCGACCUAACCCGGUCAACACAGGUAAAACCCGUGUUGACGGGUUUUGGGCCGGGUUCGGGUUUAAACCCGCUACACUAUUCACUGGGUCGGGUUGAGUUUGGGUUUAGGUAAACCCGCCCCAUGGGUACCGCCCCACACACAUAUAAUUACUUUCCCGGUAUAUUUAAUCUUCUAAAUAAUAUAUCUUCCUUAAACAACUAAUAUUCUUUAUGUUUGUGGAGACACAUAUAAUUUAUUCUUUCUGAUUGUUUAGAAUGAAGUUUAUAUUAUGAAGUGGAGAGUGAAGAAACUUAGUUGACGAGGAAGAAGUUUUCAAUAAAUCUCAUUGUUUAUAGAUGUUUAUCUUUAAUUUUGAACAAUUUGUAUUGAUCAUUUGUGGUUUGCUUGUAUGCUCUAGAUUGGUGUUUUUUGUAUGAUUAGUUUGCAUGAGAAAAUUGAUGUUAAACUUUUAUUUUGAAAGAAACUUGUUAUUGUAAUUUUUUUACCAAAAAAACCCACGGGUACCCAUGAACCCGCGGAUACCCAGCGGUUUGGGUUGGGUUUGAGUUUUUCAAACCCAACGGGUUUUAUCCCGGGUUUUUUUGGCGGAUAAACCCAUGGGUUUGGGUUUGAAAAAACCCGCCCCAACCCGACCCAUUGCCAUCCCCAUUAGUAUGUCAUUGAAGAAUAAUUUACUGACCACCUGGUCUCCUGAAACUUGAGUGUCUUCAAGCUUUCCAAAAUUACUUCAUAAACUGGGGAGUUGAGAAGUUGAGUAGACUGACUACUUAAUAGCUUGAACUUUCUUCUAAGUUGUCCCCGUUUUGCCCCCAAAGAUAUGUUAUUCAUUGUCAAUUUUCCGCAACAAAGAGUGAUUCUACCAUCCUCGACUUGGGAUGAAUGCAACAAAGUUUGAAAAGAACCUUGUUGAAAUAGCAUAGUGUGUCGCAACCGCCCCUCUGGAUCGGGGGCUCGCUCGCGAAUUGCUCUAAGUCUCCAUCGACCUUAAUUGUGGUGGAUCGAACACCAUUUUGCCGGUCGAAACCGGGAUUUGGUCUGCGAAAUUUAGAGUUUAUGGCUUCGGGAGUACGGUUACGCGUGGGGUAGUGUAUUCAUGCCCCCACAACGCCCCAAAUGGGUACUACUUAAAUCGAUACGUUUUUAAGGGUUGGGUGUAUAAUAAUUUACGGCUUUAUUGAUGUAUUUAAUUGAAUUAUUUUAAUAAUUUUGAGUGUAUUUUUAGAGUUCAAUUGGACGUAAAUUUUGAAUUAUUGUAUUUAAUUGAUAAUUUUCACGCCUAUUGACGUAAAAAUAUUUUUUAGAUUGGUUGGACUCGAACCUAUUGGUUGCCUACGUACCCGACUUAGUCGGGAUCAAAGUCCAUGUAGUUUGAUUAUGUUAAGUGAUUUAUGAGAAGAUCUUAACACGUUCUAUUGAUCGUGAUUAAGAUAAUUAUUUAAUUUUUUAGGACAAUUAAUCUUGUUAGUAUAUGAUGGCAUAUAUGUUAAAUAGAUUUAAUAUGCCGAGCAUCAUUCAUUAAUGUAAUAAAAUGUGAUCCAAUCAUGUUAAAGAUGUUUUAAUUAAGAGUUAAUAGGAAAUUAGAUGUAACAAAGCAUUGACGUUGAGUAGGUAGUCAUGGUUUUAAUUGUGGUGUGUUUGGGAGAUGAGAUUGCGUAGUCAAAGAUUGGAGAGGUAUUUUUGUUGUUUUUUUUUCGUUUUUCAAUGGAAGAUGCAAGUCAGUGCAAUUUUGACGAAGCUGGAGGGGUAAAUUGGUCUUUCAGGGUGGCCGAGUGUAUAACCUACAUUUUGAUACCUAAAUCAAACCUAGCCGCCUCACUAGUCACUUCCCUUCUGCCUCUCAUUUUUCUCUAACUUCAGAAAUCGACUCUCAUCUUCUGAAAAUGGCGGACAAAAGAAACGAGAAAGUGCGUCUAAUCUCUCACUCCUCAUGCCUCUCAGUUCUCAUCUCUCUCGAUCCAUCUUUCCCUCUCUUCUCUUUUCUAGAAACGACGACGAGGAGAAAGAGAGAAGUCACGGAGGCGGCGAAAUGAGUACGGCGGCGGUGGAUGCUAGAGCCGAUGAUGGUUCGCACGACGGUGACAAGAAGAUCGACCCCGAUGAUUGUACUGGCGACGGCGACAGCGGAGGAGGGUGGCCGGCGCUUAGGCUUCGCGUACAGCGGAGGAAAAGAGGCCCUCAGAGACAUAGUAGAGUAACUCUUGCCGGUGACGGCAAAAUCAAAGGGAACCUGAUGAUUUGGGUCUCAAGAAUGGCUAUGGCUUUCAACUGUGGUUUGGUUUAAAUUCAGGGUUUACAGUCUACAUUUUUACUUAUGGUUGUUGCUUUUGAAUUUGGGGAUUGUUUAUUAUUUUGGUUCUGAAUUUGGUUGAGGCUUGGUUUGUCGAUGGUUUGGUUUAGAAGGUUCUAGAGAUUAAAUGGGGAUUCGCAAAUCUACAAUUUCAAUUGGUAACAUUUUGAAACCAGAUUGUGGGCUUUGCAUGAGAUUUUGUCGCGUUUAUGAUGAAACUGAUCUUGGAAGUUGUGUGGUGUUCAAAGUGGUUUUUGAAUUUUGGGUUUUUCGUAAAUGGAUGCGUCGCUAAUCUUGGGAGAUGAUAAAAAUGGAAUUUUGUACUUAAUGUGCUCUAAAUUGAAGUUAAUGGUUGAUUUGGAAAGUAGUUUAUGGUAUUGAUGCUUGAUUGUGUUGGAAUGAGGUGGAGCAUGCCAAGACAGUUAAAAAACAGAAUACAGAGCCAAAUAUGGAAUUAUGUUUGCAAUACAUUUAGAUAGAAGUAUAUUAAUUUUAUGAAAAUGAAAUGCUAGUUGACAGAAAGUAAAGAACUCUGAUUUUUGUAGAUUAUGAUUCUGCCAACAUAUGGUCUGCUAGUACUGUAAAGAAAACUGAAAAUGAGAUGAUUAUGAUGAUUGAUAUAGAUGGUUAAAAACCUUUCUCUCUGUAGUUUGGGGGUGAUUGCUCUUUUCCCAAACUUUUAGGGGAUUGCUUGCUGCCUUGUUGCUGCUUCCUUCUUUGUAGUUUCGCUGUUGUAUGUGUUGGUGUCUGUUUUUUUGUGUAAGCUGCCUUUAGCAGUGAGUGUUCCUAGUCUGAUUUGGAUACUGGGAUUUUUCAGAAUGGUGUGUUCUUUGGCUGCUGUUUGUAUGUUUGUUUGUGUGGGUUUAUGAGCUGGUAUAAGAACAAGAAAAGAAACUGUGAAGGGUCUUUGUUCCGUCUUUUUCUGAGUAGUUAUAUUAAGGGAAAAAUUAGAGUAUUUUGCUGAGAUUUAUUGCUCUUUCUUUCUGUCUAUUUUGGUUUUGGUUGAGGAAAGGGAAGUUUUAAAAGAGUUCUUCUCUGUUUUUUUAGAAGAAUAAAAAGAGGAAGAAAGAACCCCCAUGUAAGGAAAAAGGAACAUCCCAAAGAAGAAGCCUGCUGUUUUUCUCUACUGUUGGUAGGUGAGGAAGAAGAAAAAAGAAAGAAAGAGGAAGAAGAAGAAAGCCGAGGAAAAAAUCCAAAACUACCACUGUUAAAAAAAAAAUUACAAAAAUACCACCCACUCCAAAGAAUUUUCAAAAAUACCACCCUUUAUUUAAAACCGCCUAUCUAAGGAGCGGUUAGCAUUAAAACCGCGCCUCGAAGAAACGUUUUUCAUAAUAACCGCGCCUCUGGGAAGCGUUUUUAAUUUCCAGAACAAAACGCAUGUGGAAGACGCGGUUAUAUGCUAACCCUACCACAAAACGCUGUAUAAAAGAGCGUUUAAGUGUCGGCAAUACAAACCACAUACCCAAGCGGCGGUUUUCAGGGUCAGGACACAAACCGCCUCUCCAAGCGGCGGUUUAUAGUGUCAGGAAUCAAACCGCUGCCCAAAGGCGCGGUUUGUGUAUGGUCACCCGACAGGCAACAUGUCGGCAUGCAGGGGGUAGGGCACGUAGGGCUGCAUGGCAGACCUAAAACCGCUCCCCCCCCCCCCCCCCCCCCAGCGGUUUUAGUGCAAAAUUUGCCUAUAAAAGGCAGUUUCAGAG